CACUUUCAUUUGUUGAAAUCACCAAAAACCGAAGGAGAAGAAGAUAAGCUCAAAGAGAGACAGAGGCAGAGACGACCUGACAAAAUCACCCAAUUUCGUGACAGUCACUCCGUGUAAAACUAACCCCAUCCCAACAUUCCCAAGAAGACUCGUUACACUCAAGAGAGAGAGAGGUAUCUAUGGCGAUCUCUGAUGCGGUGGUUGGGAACUUGACGACGAUGUACUUGGCGGUGAUAGCGGCGAUCAAGGCGUAUGGGCUGGUAACAGGGCGGAGCUUCAGUGGAGGGUUUGUGCUGAUUAUAUCGACGGCUGUGAUUGGGGUUAUCUUGAUUGCGACUCUGACGUGGGACGUUUCCCGUAAAGCCACGUAUGCGAUGACACGCGAUCACGCCCACGAGAUGUGUCGGGGUGGUAUCUGUUGGCACGGCGUCGCCGUUAAAUCUCCGGCGUCUCAGGUCCGAUUUAGGCUUCCACAGCAUCAUCCCCAAAACCACCUCUGAUAUACACCGAGUCAAAAAAAAAAAAAAGGAAAGGAAACAUGUGGGUCAGAUGUUUGUUAAUUUUACUCAGAGAAAUACUAAUAUUGUACAUAUAUAAACCGUUCAACUUCGAUGUUUGAGUUUGCCAGUUUUGAAGGUAUGUCUGCAAUUUUUUUUUUCCUGUAUUGAGAUAUUGAUAAUUUCAAAUCAAUUACCCAGACAUAUGGUAAAGUUUCAAUCUUUUGCAGCGAAGAUCAUCCAU